GCUAAGGUUACCUUGGAAUGUUGAGGGCUCCCUGGGGCAGGACUAUAUAACCCCAGAGGGACUGCCCCAGGCUGACUCUGCUCCUUUCCAGCCAGAGCCACUGCCUUGCCCCCAGGAGACCGAAGACAUGGCACCCAAGAAGGCCAGGAGAAGGGCGGCAGCAGAGGGCGGAAGCUCCAAUGUCUUCUCCAUGUUCGACCAGACUCAGAUCCAAGAGUUCAAGGAGGCCUUCACGGUAAUCGACCAGAACCGUGAUGGCAUUAUCGACAAGGAAGAUCUGCGGGACACCUUCGCAGCCAUGGGGCGCCUCAAUGUGAAGAAUGAGGAGCUAGAUGCCAUGAUGAAGGAAGCCAGUGGUCCCAUCAACUUCACCGUCUUCCUGACCAUGUUUGGAGAGAAGCUUAAAGGUGCUGAUCCUGAGGACGUGAUCACUGGAGCCUUCAAGGUCCUGGAUCAUGAGGGGAAGGGCACCAUCAAGAAGCAGUUCCUGGAGGAGCUGCUUACCACGCAGUGCGACCGCUUCUCCCAGGAAGAGAUCAGGAACAUGUGGGCAGCGUUCCCCCCCGACGUGGGAGGCAACGUAGACUACAAGAACAUCUGCUACGUCAUCACGCAUGGCGACGCCAAGGACCAGGAGUAGGGGACCCUCUUAGGCCUCUGCUGGCCAAUGCCUCCUGCCAGUCCGACCCCCCACCCCGACUCCUAAUAAAACUCAACUGGUCUUUGUUUCUUA